UGAUGUGAUCUCUGAUGGAGUUGCUCCAUGGAGCUGCAGUCCUCCUGUUAAAUGAGGCGGUCAUGGAGAAGAGCAGCGGCUGGGGAUUACAUGUGUUCCAGCUUUCCUUAUUCCUCUUGCUCUCAGGUUAUCCGGCAUGCUGUCAGGGAAGCUGGAUGUGGCUGGGCAUCACGUCUGUGGGAGUAGUAGAGAGGAUGGGCUGCUCUAAUUUGCCUCUGUCCAGCAAGCAGAAGGACGUAUGUAAAAAGAAACCCUACCUGCUGCCCAGCAUUAAAGACGGAGCACGUCUCGGCAUCGCAGAGUGUCAGUCCCAGUUCAGACACGAGCGCUGGAACUGCAGCACCACCAAACAGCCGUCUGUGUUUGGCUACGAGCUCACUAGCGGAACAAAAGAGACAGCGUUCAUCUAUGCCAUUAUGGCAGCAGGGCUGGUCCACUCAGUAACCCGGGCCUGCAGUGCGGGGAACAUGACCGAGUGCUCGUGUGACACCACGCUAACAGGCAGUGGCUCACAAACUGAGGGCUGGCACUGGGGCGGCUGUUCAGAUGAUAUCGGCUACGGGACGUGGUUCAGCCGCCGUUUUAUUGACCAUGCAACAAAGAAUGCUUCUGCUCAUGGAGACGAGGCCCUGCUCAUGAUGAACCAGCAUAACAGCGAGGCAGGGAGACAGGCUGUAGCCAAGACAAUGUGGACGGACUGCCGCUGUCAUGGCGUCUCAGGCUCCUGUGCUGUAAAGACAUGCUGGAAGACCAUGGCAUCCUUUGAGCGGGUAGGCAACUACCUAAAGGACCGUUAUGAGAAUAGCGUACAGGUGCUAGAACGCACCAAGCGCAAGUUUCGUCGCAAGGAAAAGGAACAGCGGCACAUACCCAUCAGCCGGGAGGAGCUCAUCUUCCUCAACAAGUCACCCAAUUAUUGUGUAGAGGACCGGCGGUUGGGCGUGGCCGGGACUCGGGGGCGUCGCUGUAACCGCACAUCUGCCGGGCCGGACGGCUGCAAUUUGUUGUGCUGCGGCCGCGGAUACAACACACAUGUGGUGCGUCAUGUGGAGCGCUGCGAGUGCAAGUUCAUCUGGUGCUGCUAUGUCCGCUGCAGACGCUGCGAGACUAUGAAUGACAUUCACACAUGCAAAUAAAGGGACGAGCCGAGGACUGGGAGAUAUAAGGAGACAUGGAAAGAGGUGAAGUUUGACGGGAGAUGAUGUGGGUUCUAGUUUCACUUCCUUCCCUGUACCUCUUUGCAUUUCAUUCGUCUCCAAAGCUUUGUUCAGUGGCACCUUCACUUGCUUGAUGGAUCCUCAGGAAGUUGAUGAAGCGUUACCAGAGUACUGAGUGUUACUAUGAGAACUGAGGACUGAAGUGGCUUUGUGAUAAAGGGAUAAACUCAUCCUCUUCUAAUGAACAGUUUCCCUUAUAAGACUUGGCCAUAAAUACAAAAAAAGAUAAUGGACAACAUAGCCAAGCCAAAACUCUGGGAUCCCAUCUGGAUUGGAUUCUAAAGUAGGAUAAAGUCUGAUCAAAUUCAGAUUCAAUUAUGUUUGUUAAUAUAUAACAGC